UUUUGCGCGGGGGCUGCUGGGAUCACUCGCCAUUUCGCAACAUAGAAGAAACGUCAACGUUGCGGGAAGAGGCAAAAACUGUUAGAAAUUUGGCAUUUCCCCGCAUAGUGUGGGCACCGACCAAGCUGGAGUAGAUAGAAAGGUAACUCCCCCCUCCCCUUUCCUUUUAUAUCGUGCCCUAUUUUUUGGCUUGUUGCGGAGGACAGGGUAGAAAACUGGACGGCCCGAGCGGAGCGGGUGUGGCCUCUCGUCGUUCUGCAGGAGGAGGGAGUGAGACACCCCGGCCGAGCGGGCCCGGCGGCUCUGGCAGCAAAGGUGGUGCUGCGACACCAACAGCCAGGAGCGGUGGUUCAUCCCCAGCGAUCCCAAGAUGGAUACCUCCAAGCAGUACUAAGCGAGACGUGCGCACCCAACAAGAGAAAAAUGAAACCACCUUCAGGAGAGUUCGUGGAAUUCUCAACAAGCUCACCCCCGACAGGUUUGACAAGUUGUUUUUGGAACUCCUGAAUGUGGGGAUAGAGAACAAGCUAAUUCUUAAGGGUAUAAUACUUCUGGUAUUCGAAAAAGCCAUAGAUGAGCCCAAAUACUGUUCUAUGUAUGCACAGCUCUGUCGUAGACUAUGUGACGACGCGCCCAACUUUGACGAUCCAAACAAGUCAGGAACUACAACCUUUCGCCGGUUGUUACUGAAUAAGUGCCAGGAUGAGUUUGAGAACAGAUCCAAGACUUUUGCUGCUUUUGACAGGGACGAUGGCCCUCUCACCCCUGAACAGAAUGAACAGAAGAUGGUGGCCAAGCGCAAGAUGCUUGGUAACAUCCGGUUCAUCGGUGAACUGGGAAAGCUUGACAUGCUUUCCGAAGCCAUUCUACAUAAAUGCAUUAAACAGAUGAUCCUAGAUGUGAAAGUCUAUCUUUCACGGCAGCUUCUGGAGAAGAAGAGGACGGAGUCUGUGGGGGACCGAGCCGAGGACCUGGAGUGCCUCUGUCAGAUAAUGCGCACCUGUGGGCGUCGCCUUGAUCAUGACAAAGCAAAGUCCCUGAUGGACCAGUACUUUGACCGUAUGCGGACGCUGGCGGGCAGCUCGGAGCUCCCGUCACGGAUCCGGUUCAUGCUGGAGGACUGCAUCGAACUGCGGGGCAACAACUGGGCUCCCCGCAAGAUCGCCUUGGACCAGGGGCCGCGGACCAUCCAGCAGGUCCGGGAGGCCGCAGCCAAGGUAGCCGGCAGGGUACAUGGAGUGUACUACCCUCCCCCUGAGUACGGGCGCCGCCAUCAGGGGAAGGAUUUCUUCGGCGGCUCCAUGAAGCAGCUCCGUGCCCAGCGGGACAUGGGCGGCCUGUCGGACGUCUUCGGCGGCCCCCAGGGGAUCAUAGGGGAUGCUGGGAUAGGGACUGGCCCCGGCGUCAUCCAAGACAACCACGAUGACUUCCCUGCCAUCAACUGGCAGCGUAAUGGUAACAUGAGGAACCAGCAGAACACAGGUUAUAACCAGUUUGUGGGUGGCGGGGGCGGGAACCAGAGACAGGAGGGCGGUUAUAACCAGUACCAGCAGCGCAACGCCAACCAGCAGCAGCAGAACAGCCUCCCACCUCGUUUUAUGAAGAAGAACCAGUUUAACUCUGGGGAGAUCAGCCUUCGCCCCACCAAGGACUCCAUGGUCUUCAAGCCCCAGGGGGGGUUCAUGCCCCCCAGCAGCAAGCCCUCCCAGGGGGGCACCCCCCCCUCAGGCUCACCAACCCCCAUCAUGAUGCAACCCCCCACCAUACCCAUCCAACAAGCCAAGUCCUCAGGAGACAAGAGCAAGAAGGACAAGAAGCAGCCUCCACCUUCCAAGGAGGACCUCAAGAAGUUGACUGAGGAGAUGCUGACUGAGUAUCUGAACACUAAGACCGUAGACGAAGCUGUUCGGAGCGUACGCGACAUGCGCGCUCCGAAGAAACACCUGCCGGAACUGACGUGUCACCUGAUGACGCACGCGCUCAACAGGGAGGACAGCGACCGUGAGGCCAUCAGCGACCUCAUCGCUGCCCUCAAGAAGGACGGCGUCAUUUCUUCUGAACAUUUCAUCGAGGGUUUUGAGGGUCUCCUGCAGCAGAUGUCUGACCUGGAGAAUGACGUCCCUCUGAUCAAGUCCUACACCGCUGCCUACGCUGCACGCGCCGUGAAGGAUGACCUCGUGCCGCUCACUGAUGUUGCACAGCCCAUGGAGAACGGAGCCCACUAUCCGCUGUUCCUGCUGGUUCUACAGCAGCUGCACAAGCUGUCCGGCCGGGACCAGCUGGUCACCGUCUUCACAGACAGCAGGAUCAACAUGGUCAAGAUGCUGCCUGAAAUUGACCAAAACAAAGAGAAGAUGAUGGGAAUCCUGGAGGGGAAGGGUCUGAGUUUCCUGUUCCCCCUGCUGCGCAUGCAGGCAGAGCUGUGGAAGGCUCUCCAGGCCGACCCCACCCCCGCCGCCAUCUACAAGUGGAUCAAGGACAACGUGGAGACACGACUACACACGGACCCCGGCUUUGUCAACGUGCUCAUGUCAAGCAUACUGAAGUACGUGACCCAGGAGUCGACCCUGGGAGAGGACGUUGACCCCGCCGUGAUGCCCGGUAAGGACCUGGUGGAGAAGGAGAAGGACCUGGUGGACCGGCUCAAACCGGUUCUGCAGAAGUUCCUGCACGAACACGUGGACCUCCAAGUCAGCGCGCUGUACGCACUGCAGGUUCACUGCUUCAACAAUAGUUUUCCUAAAGGUAUGCUGUUGCGUAUGUUCAUGAUGAUGUACGACCUUGAGAUCGCGGAGGAGGACGCUUUCUUCCGCUGGAAGGAGGACAUCAAUGACGAGUUCCCUGGCAAGGGCAAGGCUCUUUUCCAGGUUAAUACCUGGCUGCAGUGGCUGGAGACGGCAGAGGAAGAUGAGUCAGAGGAAGAAGAGGAUGACUAGUCCCUCCCAGCCCCUGUAUGUCACAGGCCCUGACGGCACAUGCAAUAUUGUUACUCCUGUGGACCUCCUCAAGAAAACACACCAGCAGCCUGUAGAACAAGACACUUCGCAAUGCCCCUCAGACGCUGUUCUUUUGGCUGGAACAAUUUUGGUUCACGCGGCGGCAAAACCGGCUUCGUUCAAAGGAUUCGUUCGUGGAUGAAUACUACAACGUUCACUUGAAAAACACCAUACCUACAACACAGACGAACAAGUUUGGAGAGCAAUCCUGAUACUAGUGUUUUGCCAUAUGCAGGAUACAGUAGAAACUUUGCACUUUAGGUGUAAGAAAUGUUACGUUUUCUGGGUUCCUGCCAUAUGCAGGGAUAUCUAGCUUUGUAUGUCACGCUUUUAACGUUCACAGCAAAACCAUAGAGCAAGAGUUACGUCAACUGUACUGUUAUGCCACAUAUCACAUCAACUGUUAGACAAAAUAUUCCAUAUGGUUUUCAUCAGGAAACUUUUGGACGAAUCGUGUCUGGGAUUGUUUGGAGUCUGGCUGUUGCUCUUGCCAGAAGUCUGCAGAUGUGUCGGGGAUUGUGAUUGGUCGAUGUGAUCAUCAUUCCAAGCUGUAUGCCUUUUUAUAUUAUGUACAUCCAUGUGGCAAUACCUAAUGAAGUGUGCGUUUUUGCGGCAAGACCCUCGCUUGAAAGUAAGGGUUUUACUGUUACUGAUUUAGACUACUGUUGCAAACAAGGGAACGAAAUGAACUUUGAGUAGAGGACAAUGAUUCUUCAGUCAUCUCGAAUGUGUCUGUAGGUAGACAGGAAAUUCGAUUUUAAGCGUACAGUUAAAGCAUUGAACUUUCGGCAUUUUGUUACAAGUGUUAUAAGCAUAAGAUCCACUCUAUCAUAUACAAAAACAUUAUUCUUUUUAAUAGGGUAGCUGCAUAAUUUUGCCCAUUCUUUUCCAAUGUAACAACAAUCAUGCAUAGGUUGUACCUUCGGUGAAUAUCUUGGUAUCACUGAUGCAAGUUGGAUGCUAUAGAGUUGCCGAAAAGAGUUCCACCAUGUGGCAAUAGUAGUGUUGAUUCCUAAAGUUAAGUAUGAAGCACAUACAUAUGAUGGAGACUUCCAGAGAGGGACAAGCGAACGUGCGCAAUAUUGUCGACUGUUUCAGAAUAAACCUGACUGUGAAGCAACUGGAUUGUUCUAGUGCCUAGAUGUCACUAUCGGAAAAUGAGUCUGAGUACCAUGCCUUACAUGUCAGAACAAAAUGCCCGCAAUAAUAAAAAUGAUAUAAGAGAGAGCCAAACUUUACAAAAAAAAGUCUAAGCAGCUAAUAGUUUAUUGCCUUCAAUGUUUGUGAAAGGGGAACCUGGAUUCAGAUAACGAUUUAGUUAAGAAUAUUGUAGUUUUCUGUUCAAUUGUAACUGCCAAAAAAUUACUGGAAGCAUCCUAAAAAGUGUGUUCAUUUACCUGUAUGUUGCAGUCUGCAUAUGGUAUAUUACAUGUAGGUUACUAGUAUAUUUGGUGUAUGUAGUUUUGUAUAGGGAUGUUCUUACCUUAGUUUGUAAUGUAAUGUAGUCUAGGGAAGAUUUCACUGCUUGGUGCUGUGCCAAAAAGGCUGACUGUUGUGUUGUCUUGAUGACACAGUGACUGACCAUUUUGCAAUACAUUUCAUAUCAUUUGGUUUGCAUUACAGAGCAUAGGAAUACAUUUUGCCGCAAAUUUCCAGACUUGUGCUUUACGAUAGAUCUGUAACAUUGUGAGCAAUGUGAAAUGCACUUCUCCCUAAGACAUGUGUAAGCAAUGAUUAUUAUAUCCAAACGUUUUUAACGCUCAGAGAAUAGUUUGCUGCAGUUUUGUAGCGCGAGACCCGACAAGUCUGUUUUACCAAGUGUCCAUGGAAUAUAGAUGUUGCUUAGUAUUACGUACUUCUGAUUUGGUGAAAGUUGUUCCUUGUACAUUUUUUUCAUCCUGAAUAGUUGUAAGUAAGAAUAGGCAAAAAAUCGUUGCGUCUGCCCCAAGUUGAUGAAACCAAAUGCAGUAUUUCCUUGGUAUGAAGAUAGCGACAUCACAAGGCCAACAAACUGAACUGUACUGGCAGGUAGAAGGUGGAAAGUUCAGUAGUUUGGAAUAUUUAUGUCCAUGUCGUGUAGACAUUUUUAUUUUGCUCAUGUCAAUAAAACUAGUUUAGUGUAAUGUGA